CGCUACAUCCCAAGCUACUCCCUCUCCAUGGCACAGAAUUGGAGAGGAAGGGGAAAAUGCUCGAGUCUCAAUCGUCGGGGCCGCUGAGUCGCUGACAUCAUUUGAAACGCGACGUACUCCGUACCCCUGGCGCGGAUCACGGAGCUUGGGGCCAUGGUUUGCGCUUGUUUUUCAACUUCAUUCCAAGAUCUUGACAACGACAACCUCUUCUCUAAAAACCCCGAAUACAGCGGCACCACUUUGAUUCGCAGUCGCACGUGAAUACCCGAGCUCUAAAACGCGACAUCUUACCGGAAACAUCCUCCUGAUAGUGUUGCCAACAGCGACACUCCCACGAAGCUCCACACAAGCUCCGAAGCACAACUUCAACCUCCGCAACAUCCACCUCAACAUCUUUGCAACAGAUACAGAGCAUCAUGGCGUCCCCACCAACAACAGUAACCCUCCGCUCCCCCUCGAAAUACACAACCGCCACCUCCCCAUCAUCAUCAUCAUCAACCUUCUCCGCCCCGCCCCUCGAAUGGCUCCUCCGCACCUGGUCCGUAACCCACUCCACCCUCGCAAUGUGGCGCGACGCCCGCAACGUCCGUAUCUCCUACGCCUCCAUGGCCCCGAAACCAGACGGUACCGCCCGCAUAGAUGACCUCGUCGAGUACGAGUCCAACAAGACGCCCCACCCCUCCACGGCCGUCAAAUCCGUAAAGGGCGUCGACACCGCCUGCGCCGUCGGGGAUACCUCCGUCUGGGACUGGCGGGGGAAAGGGUGGUUGUUCUUCGUGGGCAGUCAUUGGGAGGUUCUCGGGUGGGGGGAGAGGUCGAUCGAAGGCAGCGGGGAGGUGGAGAGGUGGGCUGUUACGUGGUUUGCGCCCACGGUCUUUACCAAGGAGGGUGUUGAUAUCUACUGCGAUCGCAAGGAAGGGUUGAGUGCCGCUGGGUAUGAGGAGGUCAUGGGCGCGCUGAAGGGCUUGGAGGCCAAGGCGUUGGUUGGCAUGGUGGAGAAGGAUAUGCUGCCUGUUGAGAUUGCGCUGCCCUGGAAGGAGACGUGAGUGUCAUUUGCUUGGAUACUACGUUGCCUGGUUCAGGCAUGUCGUUGAUUUGAGAUUGUAUAAUAGUGGUAUAAUACCUAGGCUGAGCAUCUAUCCAUUUACAUACCACAUAUC